AUGGGAUGUUGUUAACAACUUCCUUUAAAAGAAAAUGAAUCAUACACUGUAGAAUAGAUCACACUUUAAGAAAAUUGUUUUCCAAAAGAUCUAUAAAUGCAAUCUUUAGCUUUAAAUUUAGUAAAAGGAGAUAUGGAUGAUAUAGACUCUUUUGAAAUAAAAAGGCUUGGAAAUACAUGUGUGAACAAUAUUUUGAAUGAAUAAUAGUCAAUCAAAAUGGAAAAUUAAAAUAAUGCUCAAUUUAAAGAUAAAAAUAUUAUUAUUUUACUGAUAUUCAUAUAAAAUGCAGUUUUUAUCUGCAAUAUACUGUCAACUUUAAAUAAACCCUAAUUUGUUAGAGAUAGCGGUAGCAAGAAUCUCAAUAAAAAAUUUAUAGGAAUGCUUUGA